AUGGUCUUUGUGAACCAAAUGGGGCUGCUGGUUCGUUGCAGAGCCAAAUGGAGCUGCUGGUUCGUUGCAGAGCCAAAUGGAGCUGCUGGUUCGUUGCAGAGCCAAAUGGAGCAGUUUGCCUUUGUGAACCAACUCCACACUGCGCUACAUAAGCAAAUCACACAGGAAACGCCCGUAACCUCACGACUGAGCAAGAUGCAACCACAAGAUCGUGCCCACAUCCUCACCGGAGCCUGCAUUGCUCUCACGCUCCUACUAAGCACUGUAAACACGGCGUCCAGCCGCCGUCCGGCAGGCCACAGCCCCCCGCCCCCUCCCCACGGCUCCGGCCAGACCAUAACGCUCUACACCAAUGGAGCUGCACCACCAAACGCCGGCGGCACCCCUUCCUCGAAACACCCGGCCUUCACCAGCCAAGGCCCGAUCGGCCACCCCGGCAGCUGGCUACGCACCUUGACGCGGCCUGGGGCGCUCCGCCCCGGCACGGUGACCGUCAUCGACGAGCAGUUCCAUGGAAAGAGAGAGUUUGGGCUGCCCUUGGCUGGGAAGCUGCAGGGCGUUCUUGUCACCAGCUUGGAUGAUAACAGCAACCAUAUAGUUGCAGUGAAGGCCCUGUUCACCGGCGAUGGCGCGGAAGACAGCAUCAGGUUCUUCGGAAUCCAUCACAACGGUCAGGAGGAGUCCCAUGUCGCGGUGGUCGGAGGGACGGGGAGGUAUGACAGCGCCACCGGUUUCGCUGUUAUUAGAGCAGCAGAUGUACCUGAAACAAGGGGAAAUGACAGCUUCAGCAGGACUCUCAGUUUCAGUGUGCGCCUCAAGUGAAGGCUGUGAAGG